AUGACCAGAAUCAUCAUAAAAGGAGGUGUAUGGAAGAACACCGAAGACGAGGUUCUCAAGGCUGCCAUCGCUAAGUAUGGCAAAAAUCAAUGGGCCCGAAUUUCGUCUCUUCUUGUCAGAAAGACGCCAAAACAAUGCAAAGCUCGUUGGUAUGAGUGGCUGGAUCCCUCCAUCAAGAAGACCGAAUGGUCCAAGACGGAAGACGAAAAGCUUUUGCAUCUAGCAAAGCUGAUGCCAACACAAUGGCGUACCAUAGCGCCAAUCGUUGGCAGAACUGCUACCCAAUGCUUGGAACGUUAUCAAAAGCUUCUGGAUGAGGCCCAAGCCAAGGAUGAUGAGGCAUUGGGCUUGACCGGUCCCUCCGGCGAUGCUGGCCCCAGUGCUGACGAUAUUCGUAGGCUACGGCCAGGUGAAAUAGACCCAGAUCCAGAAACGAAACCAGCUCGCCCUGAUCCCAUUGACAUGGAUGAAGAUGAGAAGGAGAUGUUAUCGGAAGCUAGAGCCAGACUCGCAAAUACACAGGGAAAGAAGGCAAAACGCAAGGCACGGGAAAGGCAGCUCGAAGAGGCAAGGCGUUUAGCGGUUCUGCAAAAGAAGCGAGAGUUGAAGGCUGCGGGAAUCAUAAUGCGUCAUAAGACGAAGCGAAAAGGAAUGGACUACAAUGCCGACAUUCCAUUUGAAAAGAAGGCAGCUCCAGGUUUCUACGACACAUCGGAAGAGCAGGCUGUUAUUUCUGCGGCUCCGGUUGGGCAAACACUGCGUCGAUUGGAAAACAAACGCAAGCCAGAGGAAGAGGAAGCAGAAAGAAAGAAACGGCAGCGAAAGAACGAUGCUGGGAAGGAAGGAGAAGGUGCCAAUCAUCCAACCAAGUUCAUCGCUGCCCGGGAUGCACAAAUUCAGAAGCUCAAGGAGGCUGAAUCAAUUGGAAGACGACGGAAGCUAGUUCUUCCAACGGCGCAAGUAGGAGAAGCAGAGUUGGAGGAUAUCGUCAAAAUUGGCCAGGCUGGGGAGAAUGCCAAGGCGCUUGUUGGGGGUGGCAGCGAUGCCAGUGGCAGACUACUAAGCGACUACGAGGGCCUCGAUGCUGCCAGAAUGGCGCGGACACCGAGAACCGCACCUCAGCAGGACAACGUCAUGAUGGAGGCCAGAAAUCUGCGUAAUAUGACUAUCGCUCAAACGCCUUUGCUAGGCGAUGAAAAUACGCCCAUACAUGUUGGCCCUGGAGGCGGGACAGGCUUUGAAGGCGCCACACCUCGCCAUCAAGUGGCUUUCACGCCUAAUCCUCUCGCCACGCCACUACGGGACAACGCUGACUCUUCUGCUUUUACACCUCGCACUGUGAACGGAUCAGGGGCAUUGUCUACACCUUUGCGCACACCUUUGCGUGAUAAUCUCUCUAUCAACCCAGGAGAAUAUUCGAUAUCUGGAGAUACACCCCGUGAUCAACGUCUUCGAAUAACGUCCGCUAAACGUGUUCUCAAGGCUGGCUUUUCAAAUCUUCCAAAGCCGGAAAAUAAUUUCGAGUUGGUUGUUCCUGAGGACGACGAAGUGGAUCAGACUGAAAUGACCCCGUUGCAUGAGGAAGAUGCAGCGGAGCUAGAUGCGAGAGUGCGACGUGCUCGAGAAGAGGAAGAAAGAAAAGCAUUGGCGCGACGGUCACAGGUGGUUCAGCUUAACCUUCCCAGGCCAGCCAACGUCGACGUCGCAACGUUGCUCCAGCGGCUAAAUACGGGAGAGGAUGACGCCGAAUAUACUCAAGUACAGCUUCUUAUCAAUGCUGAACUCGUUCAACUCAUGCAGCAUGAUGCGAUAGCGCAUCCUAUACCCGGGACAACAACACCAGGUGCAGCACGGACUACGUACGAAAUGCCUGCCGAUGAAGACAUUGAAGCAGCAAAAAUGGCGAUACAGCUGGAACUUGCUUCAGCUGUUGGUUUCCCUAAUGCCAACCCUGACCAACUGCGCGAAGGCCUUCUCGCCCUUUCCAAGGCAGAAACGGUUGACGAAGACGCGUCCUGGGCGCACCGUCGCCAACAGCUAGCAUAUGAUGCAGCAAGAAACACAUGGACUGAUACGACCACCCUGUCACUGGAAGCCCAUGUCGAAGGAUACUCUUUUCUCCUGAACGAAAGUCGUGAUGCUAUGACCAAGGCCGCCAGCAAAGCAACUAAGCUGGAGAAAAAGCUUGGGGUGACGUUGGGUGGUUAUCAAGCGCGCGCGCAUGCGCUUGCUAAACAAAUCACAGACGCUUUCGAAAAGCUGCAAAACACACAAGUUGAUUUUGAGAGUUUUUCCCGACUACGUAUCAAUGAAUCGGCGAUUGGACCUCGGAGGGUGUCUUCCCUCAAGGAAGAAGUUGAACAACUCGAACGUAGGGAGCUACUUUUGCAGGAAAGGUACGCGGAGCUGGAGCGGGAGAGGAAGGAGUCAGAGAUGAGAGUCGGUGUCCUGGAGGAAAGGCUGAUGGCUGAUGCAGAGGCCCUCAACGAAGCUAACCUCGCCGAGAUUGAUGGAAUGGAGGCUUGAACUUUUGACCGCUUUCUCCAUGCGCUGAGGGAUAAUUGUGACGAUUGCAGUAAUACUUACAUAAAAGCUACAUAUCAGCGACCGCGCGCGGUGACCGCAACGAAGAAGUGCCACGAAUUUGGUUGUGGGUAGCAGUGGAAGCAUGGUUCGCUGUUCUGCUCGGUGGAGAUGUGUACGGCCUGGAUCCGCAACUGUAUUUAUCAUUACCUCAGCGGAGCGCAUCCUGCGUGGAAUGAAUUCAAUUAUACCAUUCCCC